AUACAAGCUCUCUCUCUCUCUCUCUCUCUCUCUCUCUCUCUCUCUGUCUAUCUCUCUCUCUCUCUAUCUCAAGAUGGAUGGCCAUGGCAAUAUAGAAAGCAACAAGAUGCCAGAGAUCAAGUUCACCAAGCUCUUCAUCAACGGCCAAUUCGUCGACUCCGUCUCGGGAAAAACAUUUGAGACGACAGAUCCGCGCACAGGAGAUGUGAUAGCGAACAUUGCAGAAGGCGAUAAGGAAGACAUAGAUUUGGCUGUGAAGGCUGCAAGAGAAGCCUUUGAUCAUGGAAAGUGGCCUCGCAUGUCUGGCUUUGAGCGGGGAAGGAUCCUGGUGAAAUUCGCCGAUUUGGUUGAGCAACACAUAGAAGAAGCGGCCACACUAGAUAGUCUCGAUGGAGGAAAAUUACUUACAAUUGGCAAGGCCAUGGAUAUCCCAGGUGCAGUGAAUUUACUCCGAUACUACGCAGGCGCUGCAGAUAAAAUCCAUGGAGAGACAUUAAAAAUAUCAGGAGCGUACCAGGGGUACACGUUAAAGGAGCCCAUCGGAGUUGUUGGGCACAUUAUACCCUGGAAUUAUCCGACAAACCUGUUCUUCACCAAGGUUAGCCCUGCACUCGCUGCUGGAUGCACAAUGGUUGUGAAGCCUGCGGAGCAAACUCCGCUAUCUGCACUUCUUUAUGCUCAAUUGGCAAAGAAGGUGAUUUUUGUUUUCUCUUGCGUAGGUAAAGUCUCAUCGUUCUGUAUUAUCUAUAUUUACUCUCAAUGAUUAUAAUUGUAAUUUGCUGUAANUACGGCUGGUGCUGCUCUUUCAUCUCAUAUGGACGUCGACAAGAUUAGUUUCACUGGAUCGACCGAAGUAGGACGCCUAGUAAUGGAGGCAGCAGCUAAGAGCAAUCUGAAGCAUGUAUCACUUGAACUCGGUGGCAAGUCUCCUGUCAUCAUCUUUGAUGAUGCCGAUGUGGACGUUGCUGUCGAUCUCGCGAGGAUGACAGCAUUUUCCAACAAGGGAGAAAUUUGUGUGGCCGGUACUAGGAUUUAUGUACAAGAAGGAAUUUAUGAUGAGUUUGUGAAGAAAAUAGCAGAGAAAGCGAAGAGCUGGGUGGUUGGAGACCCUUUCAAUCCAAAUGUUCACCAGGGACCUCAGAUUGACAAAGCACAGUUCGAGAAAGUACUGCACUACAUAGAUCUUGGCAAGAGAGAAGGGGCAACACUGCUUACAGGAGGAAAGUCUUGUGGAGAAAAGGGGUACUACAUUGAGCCCACAAUCUUUACCGAUGUCAAGGAGGAGAUGAAGAUAGCUAAGGAUGAAAUAUUUGGGCCAGUUAUGUCUCUCAUGAAGUUCAAGACAAUUGAGGAGGCAAUUGAUAAAGCCAACAGCACAAGGUAUGGGUUAGCUGCAGGCAUACUGACCAAAGACAUAAACACAGCCAACAGAGUAUCGAGAUCAGUUCGAGCAGGAACCAUCUGGAUCAACUGUUACUUUGCUGUGGACAAUGAUGUUCCGUUCGGUGGGUAUAAGAUGAGUGGCUUUGGAAGAGAUCACGGAAUGCAUGCCCUUGAUAAGUAUAUGCAAGUGAAAUCUGUUGUUACUCCUAUCUAUGGCUCCCCUUGGCUGUAGAUCAAUGUGUGAGAGCUUGAAAAGGAGAAACGUAAGUGUUAUGCUUGUGUUUGGUUAAUGUAACAAAGGAUAAUGCUUGAAGCAAUGCAAUAAGAUAAGAGCAGCAAACAUCAUAAUAACUUCCAAGCAACAAUAUUGUGAGAUGAAAUGAUGAACAGAUAUUUUCAGAAUCCAUCAAAGUUAUUUUGCAU